UUGGUCGGUGGGGCGAUGGCGGGGCUGGAGCUACCGCCUCACGCCGCGGCGCUGCCGGUGCUGCGGGCCGUGGAGAUGCACGCGGGCGGGGAGCCGCUGCGGGUGGUGCCGGCGGGCGCCAUGUGCGGCCACGCCGUGCUCGCCCUCGGCCGCUUGGCGCUCGACUACGGGCUGGGCCCCGCGCCGUGCCGCCCCGAGACCCGCGUCGUCAUCCACUGCCCCUGCGGGCCCGUCACCGCCUUCGUGCCCUGGGACGGGCAGCGCAGCCGCAACCCCGUGCGCUUCCACAGCGUGCCCGCCUUCGCCGCCGCCGCCGACCUGACAGUCGAUGUCCCUGGCUACGGGAAGGUGGUGCUUGACAUUGGGUAUGGUGGAGCUUUCUAUGCCUUUCUCAGUGCAGAGAAGUUGGGCCUAGAUGUUUGCUCUUCAAGUGUGAGAGAUCUUGUGGAUGCAGCAACUGCAGUCACAGAAGCAGUAAAGAAGCAGUUCAAACCUCAUCACCCUGAUAGCGAAGACCUUGCGUUCAUUUAUGGCACCAUCUUAACGGACGGAAAAGAUGCAUUCAGUGAUGAGCCAACCACCAACAUCUGUGUGUUUGGAGAUGCACAGGUUGACAGGAGUCCCACAGGCUCCGGCGUGACUGCACGCAUUGCCUUGCAGUACCACAAGCAACUCAUCAAGCUGGACCAGACCAGAACCUUUAGGAGCAGCACGACCGGUUCCUUGUUCACGGGGAAAGCAGUGGAGGAAGCAAAGUGUGGUGACUACAAUGCUGUCAUAGUAGAAGUCUCGGGAGAAGCCUUUUAUACUGGAACAGCAGUCUACACUGCGGAAGAGGAAGACCCUCUGAAAUAUGGAUUUCUCAUAAAGUGACCUUCUUAGCCCUAAUGCAGUAGAAAGCAUUUAAAGAAGAGAUCAAAAGCAUGGUCUCUUUUCUGCGGGGGAAGGAAAUCUCACAAUAUUUACCCAACCUUAUAGUCUGAAUAGCUUGCUGCAUCUCUGGACAGUUGAAAAAUAAAUUGAUUUAAAUAUCCUAGAGUAGAGCUAGAAGACUUUAGUGGUAUAAUGAUUGCUAUUCACUAUAGAAGAAUAUGGUCUGUAAUCUCUUUACAUAGCACGAACAUAGAUAAUGCAAGUCUAUUUGAAACUGCAUUUAUUGUGCUUUGUAGGUUUGUUUGUUCUUUGUGCAUGUAGUGCUAGACUAGUAAAGAAAGCAGGGUUUAAAGGAGCUUUUUAAAAAAUGUUACGUGCCUUUCCUAAAAACAUAAUGUACUUAGCCUCAUUAUCUCAGUGCAGAAAUUCUAUUAAAUUUGUGUUUCAACCUCCUA